GUGGCGAGAGAGCAGGAAGCAGCAAUCGCAAAGAGGAUGAGAAGGCUGCUUCUCGCUCUCCUGGCCCUCCUCACAACCUGCCCUAUGCGUGCCGCAGAUGACAGCUGCAGGUGAGUGACCACAGCAAGAGCAGCCUCUGUUCCCCUGGAUGGACUAGCUCAUUGCAAAGACGUCUUUCCCAGAAAGUUGAAUUAUGCAGACGGCAUCAGUUCCACAGCCUGCAGGGCGCCUCAUUUUGCCAGGCUGGGGACAGGCUUGGGUGCUACUAGUUACCUAGGGUUGCUGUCUUUCAAAAAGUAAAAACCAGGAUACCCCACAAGUUGUUGAGCUUGUCAAGUUGUGGUUGAACAUAUCAGAUGACACAGCGAUUCUUCAAACAGCUCUUGUUUAUUCACAGGCCAGGACAGAACUGAACUGAAGGGUUCAGUCAGCCUGCUUAUAUAGAGCUCCAGUACAAUGUAACUGUAACAAUUUUCUACAACUAUCCAAUCACUGAACAUCACUUUCGAUCCCUUAUUUGCAUAACUAUCUACAGUAUCCCCCUGCUGGCCCAGGGUGAGAACUUCAGUACAUAACAGAGCUUUCUUUUUAGGAUGCCACCGAAAUUGUUGAUCCUACAAAUCACCCCUCUGAGAGGCAGCAUAAGUAAUGCGGAGAGGUGGGCCCCUUCUGGUAGAAUAGGAUAGCCCACUUCCCCUGAAUUUAGAAGAGUUGGGUUCAGCUCCUGAAAGAAUUGGAAAUAAUAAUAAUAAUAAUAAUAAUAAUAAUAAUGAUAUUCAUAUCGCCCUUCCCAGUUCAGAAAACCGGGCUCAGGGCAGCUAACAACAAAUUUAAAACACUUAAUUGAUGCAACAAAAAACAGCAUAAAAUACGGUAUAAAACAUGAAUAACAAUAAAUUCAGAAUUCAAAAAUCAAUUGGGGGGGGGGGAAUCCAUCCAAUAAACAUUAGAUGAUCACCAGGGCUAUCUGGCUAAAUUAGUCCUAUUUUGGGGCAGCGAGGAGGCCAGGGGAGAAUCAGCUGUGGGGUCCCAAAGCAGGUAAUCUUCAUAAAAAGGGGAGGGGGAGGGAUGGAAGGAGAAUAAAAGAUCAGGUCAGGUUCAAAUUCAAAGCCAGGCAGAAUAGCUCUGUCUUACAGGCCCUGCGGAAGGAGGUUAAAUCCUGCAGGGCCCUGGUCUCCUGGGACACAGGUUCUAUAUCUGCUGAAGUGUAUAGAUAAACCCCAUUUCAGUUGCAAGAUGCCCUGUUUUCAGGUGUUUUAACCACAAGCUCUGUUAAAGAUAAGCUUCUAAGCGAGUCGGCGCUUACUUAGUUGAAAUAUGCUCGGAGUCCUGUAGUGAUUUCAUGCUCUUUAUUGCAGCUUGUAAAACAGUGAUUGAUUUACCCACCCACCCCAAACCUCAGGCUUUUAUAUACAUUAUUUACACAAUGAGUCCCUUCUGAUUGGCUGAUUCUGCUUCCCUCCUGGAGCUUGAUUGGUCUUUUCCUGCAGGCCAAUCAGUUGUUGCAUUCUAGGAUCCUACCAGCCUAAGAGGCUAGUUAACUUCCUCCUGGAGCCUGAUUGGUUUUCUCCUGCAAGCCAAUCAGUUGUUGCAUUCUAGGAUCCUACUUGCCUAUUGCUGUAGGAUCCAAGCUUAGUACAUAACAUUAUAAAAUAAUAAUAAUAAUAAUAAUAAUAAUAAUAAUAAUAAUAAUAAUAAUUUGUUUAUACCCCGCCCAUCUGGCUGAGUCUCCCCAGCCACUCUGGGCGGCUCCCAAUCGAGUGUUAAAAACAAUACAGCAUUAAAUAUUAAAAACUUUCCUGAACAGGGCUGCCUUCAGAUGUCUUUUAAAGAUAGGAUAGCUGCUUAUUUCCUUCACAUCUGAAGGGAGGGCAUUCCACAGGGCGGGCACCACUACCGAGAAGGCCCUCUGUCUGGUUCCCUGUAACCUCACUUCUCGCAAUGAGGGAACCACCAGAAGACCCUCGGAGCUGGAUCUCAGUGUCCAGGCUAAACGAUGGGGGUGGAGACGCUCCUUCAGGUAUACAUUAGCUGUUGUAACCUUCUGGUCUUUGGUGGAGGAAAAGCGCAACAUUUUCAUUUCUGACAGUGAUUUAAAUCGUCUUGGAGAAGCUAUUGAAGGGCAGGAUAUAUAAGCUAACCGAGGAAUAAAUCCUGCCGGUACCCUUGAUGCUCUUUCCGCUGUUCUCCUUUCCAGUGGAAUUUGUGGGAGGCGCCCUUUGGCAUCCAGCCACAGCAGCUCCCUUCAGAUGGGAGGAGGCGUCAACACCUUGCCAGGACACCUGGCCUUGGAUGGUCAGCAUCCGGACGCCUUUCCGGUCAGGUUAUCAGCACACCUGCGGAGGGUCCCUCAUCAGCGCCAAGUGGAUUCUGACCGCAGCCCACUGCUUUAGAGAUAAGAGGUGAGCCAAAGGAUCUGGGGCGGCUUUAAAAGAGGACUGGACAAAACCACAGAGGUCAAGCUGUCAGUGCCUAUAAGCCACAGUUGCUAUGCUCUGUCCCUCAUGCUUCUGAAUACCAGCUGCUGAGAAUCGCAAGUGGAGACAGUUGCUGUCUGUGGGAAUGUUGAGGAAAGUAGGAGAGGAUAUAUUGAUUGCAUACUAUCCCUCCUCACUCCCACUAGUGAGCAAGCAGCAGAGCACAUUCCCCUGGGCAUUGCUGGCAUCAAGCUGAUGGAUUCGUUAGAAUCACUUUAGUUGAGCAAUCCAGACUGGCUUGUCCAGUCUGGAUUGUUCUUGGUAAGUUUCCCCUUUUAUUUCCCUCUUAAAAAUAUAGUCAUACCUUGGGUUAAAUAUGCUUCAGGUUGAGCGUUUUCAGGUUACGCUCCGUGGCAACCCAGAAGUAACGGAACUCAUUACUUCCGGGUUUCACCACUCAUGCAUGCGCAGAUGCUCAAAAUGAUGUCACACACAUGCGCAGAAGCGGCGAAUCAUGACCCGUGCAUGCGCAGUCGCCGGUUGCGUUCUACUCAGGAAGUGAACGGGGCUCCAGAAGGGAUCCCAUUCGCAUCCAGAGGUACCACUGUAAUAACAUGACAAGUCACGUAGUGAUUUCAUACUCUUUAUUGCAGCUCGUAAUGAAUGAAUUUCCCUCAAAACCUUGGGAUUUAUAUACAUUAUUUACACAAUGGGUCCUGUGUGGUUGGCUGACUCUGCUUCCCUCCUAGAGCCUGAUUGGGCUGCUCCUGCAAGCCAACCGGUUGUUGCGUUCUAGGAUCCUACCUGCCUAUUGUUCUAGGAUCCAAGCUCAGUACAUAACAAAGAGUAAAGCUUACUUACAUUCAGUUCACAGUAUUGUCCUGAAGGCAGGCUUUAUCUUGUAGUUACAGGAACAUGUGUAGAGAAAAGAAGUUUGAGCUAGGCCUCAGACUUUCUACCUUGUGGCUUCCAUCCUCUGGAAGGGUGAGCCAUGUGCUGCUGGCUAAGAUUCAGAAGAGAGGAAGAUGGCAAAAGAGGAAAAGAGCAAAAGGGGGAAGAUGGCUGCAUGGCUAGCCCUUUUGUAGGGUCUGCUAGGACCAUGCCCAUCUACCUGGUCACACAAAGGGGGAGGAGGCUCCACCGCAGGUAUGACAGGAAGUCCUCCCUCUCUGGAGCCACAUUCCCCUGUGUGCCCACUGUUGUUGUUUAGUCAUUUAGUUGUGUCUGACUCUUCGUUACGCUAGGCACUCCUGUCCUCCACUGCCUCCCGCAGUUUGGUCAAACUCAUGCUGGUAGCUUCGAGAACACUGUCCAACCAUCUCGUCCUCUGUCGUCCCCUUCUCCUUGUGCCCUCCAUCUUUCCCAACACCAGGGUCUUUUCCAGGGAGUCUUCUCCUCACCUGAGGUGGCCAAAGUCUUGGAGCCUCAGCUUCAGGAUCUGUCCUUCCAGUGAGCACUCAGGGCUGAUUUCCUUCAGAAUGGAUCGGUUUGAUCUUCUUGCAGUCCAUGGGACUCUCAAGAGUCUCCUCCAGUGCCAUAGUUCAAAAACAUCAAUUCUUCGGUGACCAGCCUUCUUUAUGGUCCAGCUCUCACUUCCGUGUCCACUCUAGGCAACAGGAAAUGCUGUGUUUGACUGCUUCAGUGAUGACACAUCCCACACUGUCACACUCAAGUCCUGCUUGCUGACUUCUCACUGGGACAUCUGAUUGGCCACUGUGAGGACAGGAUGUUGGACUAGUUGGGCCUCUUUUGCUCUGACCAUACUGCAGGGCUUUUCUGACCUCAUGAACAGGACAGUGAGCGUUGAGAGCGGAGGGAGGGAGAGAGGCGGAGAUUUCACACAGGCGCCAAGGAAAAGCAUGAAGGGGGUCAUUGCACCCAUGGGUGCCACUCUGGCAACCCCAGUGCUAGCUUACGCUCCCCUUCUUGGGGAAGGGGCAGAACUCAGUGGUAGAGCAUGGGCACUGCCAUCAAAUGGUCCCAGGUUCAACUCUGGUCAGCUGUGGUCAGAGCUGCUGUCCAUCACAGCAGACAAUACUGGGGUAAAUGGGCAAAGUGUUGCAUAAGACGCUUCCUGUUUUCUUUCUCUGCUCUAGAUAUCUAGAAAAUUGGGAGCUGCUGUUGGGUUCCACCGUGCUCUCCCGGCCUGGCCCUGAUGCGGAGGUGCGCUUCCUCAAGAGGGUGGUGGAGCACGAGAGCUACAUCCCACAGCAGCAAGUCAACGACAUCGCCUUGAUAGAGCUGGAUGACCCGAUCCAGUGCAGUGACUACAUCCAGCCUGCCUGCCUGCCAGAGAGCUUUGUGGACGUGUCUGCCAUGGCCCAUUGCUACAUCGCUGGCUGGGGUUACACGCAGGAGAAAUGUGAGAGAGAUGCAGCAACGCCUUGAUGCUCCUUUAGGCCUGGGAAAGGAUGUGAAGCAGUGAAACCACCAUGCGAUUAAUCAGAAGGAAGCCCUGUCUCUGCUGGCAGCCUCUGUCCCCACCACACCCCCAAGAAACCCAGCCUCCAAGGCCCUAAAAGCAUCAAUGCUGCAAAAUCAGAAGUUUGCAGCAGAAAAGCUGUACCGUGAGCCAAGGGCAUAUGAUCUCCAUACACCUUGGGGCUGCAGCUGGUGGGCUGAGGUCAUAACCGAGAUGCUUUGAGCUAAGAACAGUUAGGUAUGCUUUUAAAACAGGGGUCAGCAACCUUUUUCAGCCAUGGGCCGGUCCACCGUCCCUCAGAACAUGUGGGGGGGGCUGGACUAUAUUUUUGGGGGGGAAUGAACGAAUUCCUAUACCCCACAAAUAACCCAGAUAUGCAUUUUAAAUAAAAGCACACAUCCUACUCAUGUAAAAACACGCUGAUUCCCGGACCGUCCAUGUGCCGGAUUGAGAAGGUGAUUGGGCCACAUCCAGCCCCUGGGCCUUAGGUUGCCUACCCCUGUUUUAAAAGAAGAAGAAAAAUGAAGAGACGAAAGGGAGAAAGGGGUGGUGGCAAAGCCGAGAGAGAAAGAGUGAAGGAGUCAAAGGAGAAAAAUAGACACACCAUGUAAUAUUGGACUGCAAGCAGUAGUCUACAAACUCAGUUUGGCUCUACAUCAGUAUAACUGUUGUUGCUUUCCCCAGUGAAUCCUGGGAAUUGUAGUUCAUGAGGAUGCUGGGAUGCAUGUGUUAGAGAUCUCUUGACACUCAUCCCAGGGUCCCUUGGUGAGAUAACUAUGAAACCAGUUCAAGUCUGUGGGUUAUUGUCCCAAUUCAAGUCACGUCCUUUGAUAUGCAAAGUUGGAACAGGACAAAUGGUUUCCAAAAAGACAGAACCAUGCACAAAAGUGGGGCCUAGGAAUGAAGAGGAAGCAGGAAAGGGUGCACAGAUUUAUAUGGGCUGCAAAGAGUGCACUCAAGUCUACUGCACCGAUUAGGCCACUGGUGUCCAAACUUUUUUCAAAGAGGGCCAGAUUUGAUGAAGUGACCAAAGGGCUAACUAAACUUAUUGACCUUUUUUAGGGUUUGAGUUGUUGAGGUUUUUUACCACAGGAAAUAAACUGCCAGAAUUGAACUGGAUUAGGCCCCCAAAACAGACUUUGGACAUGCCGGGCUUAGGCUAACCUGAUGACCUAUAAAUGUUGUUCAACACCAUCUUCCAUCAACCCCACUCAGCAUCACCCAUGGUAGAGGAUUAUGGGAGUUGGAGUCCAACCACAUCUGGUUUGGCACCAGAGGGCAAGCCCUGGUACAGCCCUUCAAAUAAUAAGCCCUCAGGAAAUGUAGUUAAAAUCACUGAAUGGAAAAUGAAAUCAUUCAAUAUGUCACUCUGAAGGUAUGGCUAAGACACAAACCUCUUAUAAACUGUAGCAGUGUUAGAAACAGAGAUAUGAAAGCUAGAAACUGAGAUAUGGAAGCUAGGAGCUAAAUGACACCUUAAGACUAGGUCAUGGGCACAACAACGGAAUGUCUAGGCACGCUUUUAAUAACAAGAAUACAAAGCUGAAAGUGAAUAAACUGCAGCUAAAAUAUUAUGUUUGUUUUUCACAUGGUCUACUCUAGUCCUUCCGCUGCCCACCCCCCUAAUAUUCUUAAGGAGGUCUCUUCUCCUGUCUUCAGAGAGUAGCUGGAAGUGGGGAGGCAGAAAAAGGUCCUCCUUUCCUUUCACUCUGCAGUUUUAAUCUGAAAUUUUAGGUGCAGUACUGUGCCCAGAGCUCAGAAAUCGCUUGCCCUAAUGAAAUCCCAUUGCAAAAUGGGCCUAGAACAAUGGGAAUUUUUUUUAAAAAAUAAAUUUUAUUAGUAUUUUCCACACAACAACACAAAAAAUAUCGGAAAAUGAUAAUACACAACACACAAAAACCAACAUUCGAAAACUAAAGAAAGGAACAAAAAAACACACAAAUCCAUAUCUUACAAGUUAAUACUAUAAACACUAAAACAACAAGAUAUUGACUUCCACCAAUCCCACAGCACCUCCUUUAUCUCUCAUUGUGUCUUCCUGUUUUCCUGAUCAUCUCUAUCCUAGCAUCUAGAUAUAAAUCCCUCUUUCUUAUGCUUUCAAUUCACAAGGUUAUUCCAGACUCAGCCAGAUUUCUGUCCUCGAAGCUUGACUUUGGAGGUAUUCAUUUAGGCACUCCCAGAACAAUGGGAAUUCUGAACACUGAACUGUAGUCUGUUUUUAGAGAUACAAUGGCCCAACUGUCGCCUUUGUGCAAGUCGAUCUGCACCUAUUUCAGAAGUUCUGCCUCUGCAGACAUUCUGAUAUUGACUUCUUUUAUUGACCCAGUCAAGCACAUGGAGUGAGAUUCGCCAGGGAAUGGGAACCCCCGCCCUAGUCCCUGGCAAGGAGCUACUGGGUCAAACAGCCUUCUUAGCAUAACUCACCACAUAGGGAGGCAAAGGAUGGCUGGUUCCAAGGGUUUUUCCCGGGAAUAGAAAAUGAGUAGACAACAGAGAAAAAGGCUGGAGCGUUCACUGGACGGGUCCUGUGCAUGUAGAAAUUUCAUAACUGUUUUCUCCUUACAGCGAAUGCUCCAUCCGACAUCCUGAAGGAGGCCAAAGUGGAACUUAUUUCCCAAGAAAGGUGCAAUAGCACUUCCUGGUACUAUGGAAGCAUCAGAGUCAACAACCUGUGUGCAGGGUUCGAGGCAGGAGGCAUUGACACUUGCCAGGUACGUGAAUUUGGGCUGCUGCCACUCACCUGCAUCUUCCAACUUUCCUGCGUCUUCAGCCAGAUACCUCUUCAAGUCUCUCAUCACCGGCUAGUGCUGAGGAAAAGUUACAAAGCAGGGCCGAGGUGUGCCCCAGCAAGCAUCAAGGCCAAGUGUUUAAAAGGGGAGUAGAAUCGUUGGAAGGGACCCCAGGGGACAUCUAGCUCACCCCCGCUCCCGCAAUGCAGGAAUCUCAGCUAAAGCAUCCUGGACAGAGGGCCAUCCAAUCUCUGCUGUAAAACCUCCAAGGAAGGAGAGUCCACCACUGGCAAGGGGAUAAAAUGAGGGCAUUUGCCACCAUUGUGUUCUGUGCCAUUCAGAAAACGUACAUGGUCCCAGUCUGAUGAAACCUAGCACCUUCUGCGUGCAAGUCAAAGCGAUUUGCAAACGUCCCAGAGAAACAGCACCUUACAAAAGAUGGCACCUCACCAAAGCUCGAGUUUUUUUGGGAGGUUUUUUGGAUGAAAAAAUUCUUUAUUGAAAUUCAUUAAUGUCAUUACAGAUUUAACUUCACACAUAUACUAUAUAUAUAUAUAUUUAAAUUUGUUUAACAUAGAAUGUUAAUUUAACCUUCUAAUUCCACUUAGAUAUCAGCUAAGCUAAAAUCAUAUAAUGGUACAUGAAGUAAAGUAAAACAACAACAAGAAACUAAAGUAAAAUAAAUAUAGACUUCCCAUCAUUUGCCAGUAUAGCUGACAUUUGUGAUUUUGACUGUACUUAUAAUUGUUGUUGUUGUUGUUGUUUAGUUGUUCAGUCGUGUCCAACUCUUCAUGACCCCAUGAACCAGAGCACGCCAGGCACUCCUGUCUUCCACUGCCUCCUGCAGCUUGGUCAGAUUCAUGUAUAUAGCUUCAAGAACACUGUCCAACCAUCUCAUCCUCUGUCCUCCCCUUCUCCUUGUGCCCUCAAUCUUUCCCAACAUCAGGGUCUUUUCCAGGGAGUCUUCUCUUCUCAUGAGGUGGCCAAAGUAUUGGAGCCUCAGCUUCAGGAUCUGUCCUUCCAGUGAGCACUCAGGGCUAAUUUCCUUAAGAAUGGAUGUGUUUGAUCUUCUUGCAGUCCAUGGGACACUCAAGAGUCUCCUCCAGCACCAUAAUUCAAAAGCAUCAAUUCUUCGGCGAUCAGCCUUCUUUAUGGUCCAGCUCUCACUUCCAUACAUCACUACUGGGAAAGCCAUGGCUUUAACUAUACGGACCUUUGUUGGCAAGGUGAUGUCUCUGCUUUUAAGAUGCUGUCUAGGUUUAGUCAUUGCCUUUCUCCCAAGGAGCAGGCGUCUUUUAAUUUCAUGACUGCUGUCACCAUCUGCAGUGAUCAUGGAGCCCAAGAAAGUAAAAUCUCUCACUGCCUCCAUUUCUUCCCCUUCUAUUUGCCAGGAGGUGAUGGGACCAGUGGCCACGAUCUUCAUUUUUUUGAUGUUGAGCUUCAGACCAUAUUUUGCGCUCUCCUCUUUCACCCUCAUUAAAAGGUUAUUUAAUUCCUCCUCACUUUCUGCCAUCAAGGUUGUGUCAUCUGCAUAUCUGAGGUUGUUGAUAUUUCUUCCAGCAAUCUUAAUUCGGCUGGAUUCAUCCAUCCCAGCCUUUCGCAUGAUGAAUUCUGCAUAUAAGUUAAAUAAGCAGGGAGACAAUAUACAGCCUUGCCGUACUCCUUUCCCAAGUUUGAACCAAUCAGUUGUUCCAUAUCCAGUUCUAACUGUAGCUUCUUGUCCCACAUAGAGAUUUCUCAGGAGACAGAUGAGGUGAUCAGGCACUCCCAUUUCUUUAAGAACUUGCCAUAGUUUGCUGUGGUCGACACAGUCAAAGGCUUCUGCAUAGUCAAUGAAGCAGAAGUAGAUGUCUUUCUGGAACUCUCUAGCUUUCUCCAUAAUCCAGCGCAUGUUUGCAAUUUGGUCUCUGGUUCCUCUGCCUCUUCGAAAUCCAGCUUGCACUUCUGGGAGUUCUCGGUCCACAUACUGCUUGAGCCUUCCUUGUAGAAUUUUAAGCAUAACCUUGCUAGCGUGUGAAAUGAGUGCAAUUGUGCAAUUGUGUGGUAGUUGGAGCAUUCUUUGGCACUGCCCUUCUUUGGGAUUGGGAUGUAGACUGAUCUUCUCCAAUCCUCUGGCCACUGCUGAGUUUUCCAAAUUUGCUGGCAUAUUGAGUGUAGCACCUUAACAGCAUCAUUGUUUAAAAUUUUAAAUAGUUCAGCUGGAAUAUCAUCACUUCCACUGGCCUUGUUAUUUGCAGUGCUUUCUAAGGCCCAUUUGACUUCACUCUCCAGGAUGUCUGGCUCAAGGUCAGCAACCACACUACCUGGGGUGUACGAGACAUCCAUAUCUUUCUGGUAUAAUUCCUCUGUGUAUUCUUGCCACCUCUUCUUGAUGUCUUCUGCUUCUGUUAGGUCCUUUCCACUUUUGUCUUUUAUUAUGGUAAUCUUUGUACGAAAUGUUCCUUUCAUAUCUCCAAUUUUCUUGAACAAAUCUCUUGUUUUUCCUAUUCUAUUGUUUUCCUCUAUUUCUUGGCAUUGCUCGUUUAAGAAGGCCUUCUUGUCUCUUCUUGCUAUUUUUUGGAAAUCUGCAUUCAAUUUCCUGUAUCUUUCACUAUCUCCUUCGCAUUUUGCUUGCCUUCUCUCCCCCGCUAUUUGUAAGGCCUCGUUGGACAGCCACUUUGCUUUCUUGCAUUUCCUUUUCAUUGGGAUGGUUUUUGUUGCUGCCUCCUGUAUAAUGUUGCGAGCCUCCAUCCAUAGUUCUUCAGGCACUCUGUCCACCAAAUCUAAAUCCUUAAACCUGUUCCUCACUUCCACUGUGUAUUCAUAAGGGAUUUGACUUAGAUUGUAUCUUACCGGCCCAGUGGUUUUUCCUACUUUCUUCAGUUUAAGCUUGAAUUUUGCUAUAAGAAGCUGAUGAUCUGAGCCACAGUCAGCUCCAGGUCUUGUUUUUGCUGACUGUAUAGAGCUUCUCCAUCUUUGGCUGCAGAGAAUAUAUUCAAUCUGAUUUCGAUGUUGCCCAUCUGGUGAUGUCCAUGUGUAGAGUCGUCUCUUGUGUUGUUGGAAAAGAGUGUUUGUGAUGACCAUAAUAAUAAUUUAUUAUUUAUACCCCGCCCAUCUGGCUGGGCUUCCCCAGCCACUCUGGGCAGCUUCCAAGAAAUAUUAAAAUACUGUGAUACAUCAAACAUUAAAAGCCUCCCUAAACAGGGCUGCCUUCAGAUGUCUUCUAUAAGUCUGGUAGUUGUUGUUCUCUUUGACAUCUGGUGGGAGGGUGUUCCACGGGGAGGGCGCCACUACCGAGAAGGUCCUCUGCCUAGUUCCCUGUAACUUGGCUUCUCGCAGCGAGGGAACCGCCAGAAGGCCCUCGGUGCUGGACCUCAGUGUCCGGGUAGAACGAUGGGGGUGGAGAUGCUCCUUCAGAUAUAUUGGACUGAGGCCGUUUAGGGCUUUAAAGGCCAGCACCAACACUUUGAAUUGUGCUCGGAAACGUACUGGGAGCCAAUGUAGGUCUUUCAAGACUGGUGUUAUAUGGUCUCGGCGGCCACUCCCAGUCCCCAGUCUAGCUGCCGCAUUCUGGAUUAGUUGUAGUUUCUGGGUCACCUUCAAAGGUAGCCCCACAUAGAGCGCAUUGCAGUAGUCCAAGUGGGAGAUAACCAGAGCAUGCACCACUCUUGCGAGGCAGUCCGCAGGCAGAUAGGGUCUCAGCCUACGUACCAGAUGGAGCUGGUAAACAGCUGCCCUGGACACAGAUUUGACCUGCGCCUCCAUGGACAGCUGUGAGUCCAAAAUGACUCCCAGGCUGCACACGUGGUCCUUCAGGGGCACAGUUACCCCAUUCAGGACCAGGGAAUCCUCCACACCUGCCCGCCUCCUGUCCCCCCAAAACAGUACUUCUGUCUUGUCAGGAUUCAACCUCAAUCUGUUAGCCGCCAUCCAUCCUCCAACCGCCUCCAGACACUCACACAGGACCUUCACCGCCUUCACUGGUUCUGAUUUAAAAGAGAGGUAGAGCUGGGUAUCAUCCGCAUACUGAUCAACACCCAGCCCAAACCCCGUGAUGAUCUCUCCCAGCGGCUGCAUAUAGAUGUUAAAAAGCAUGGGGGAGAGGACAGAACCCUGAGGCACCCCACAAGUGAGGGCCCAGGGGUCUGAACACUCAUCCCCCACCACCACUUUCUGAACACGGCCCAGGAGGAAGGAGCGGAACCACUGUAUGACAGUGCCCCCAGCUCCCAGCCCCUCAAGACGGUCCAGAAGGAUGUUAUGGUCGAUGGUAUCAAACGCCGCUGAGAGAUCCAGCAGAACUAGGAAACAGCUCUCACCUUUGUCCCUAGCCUGCCGGAGAUCAUCAACCAGUGCGACCAAGGCAGUUUCAUUUUUUAAAAAAAAAUAAAAUAUUUAUUAGGAUUUUACAAUAAACAUAGGUUUAAAAAAAUUAAGAAAAUUAAACCGAAGAUUACACAUAAACAGAAAAAGAAAGAAGAUAACAAGAAUAAUACCAAAAAAAAGAACCUAAAAGAGAAAAAGGAAAAUACAAAAAACAGAUGGCUAAAAAAGAAAAAUAGAGGGAAAAAUUUUUUAAAAAGAAAAAAUCAAUUUUUCAAUAUCUUUAGGCUCAUUUACUUAUUUCCUUGACCUCCUCACACCUCCCCUUUUUGUAUUCCCGUUUACAAAAUCCUUUCAGCAAAUCCUUACCCUCUUUCAUUUAUCUUUACUCUAUAUCUUAACCUAUUAUAACUAUAUAUUUUCAUCCAUAUAACAAUCUAUAUUUGCAUAUUCUUAUUAACCUUAUUACCAAAACCACUUAUUUCCAUUCCAACAUCAUUUUAACAUUCAUUAAUUUUACAGUAUUUCUGCAAAUAGUCUUUAAAUUUCUUCCAAUCUUCUUCCACCGACUCUUCUCCCUGGUCUCGGAUUCUGCCAGUCAUUUCCGCCAAUUCCAUAUAGUCCAUCACCUUCAUCUGCCACUCUUCCAGGGUGGGUAAAUCUUGUGUCUUCCAAUACUUUGCAAUAAGUAUUCUUGCUGCUGUUGUUGCAUACAUAAAGAAAGUUCUAUCCUUCUUUGGCACCAGUUGGCCGACUAUGCACAGGAGAAAGGCCUCUGGUUUCUUCAAGAAAGUGUAUUUAAAUACCUUUUUUAAUUCAUUAUAAAUCAUCUCCCAGAAAGCCUUAAUCCUUGGGCACGUCCACCAAAGGUGAAAGAAUGUACCUUCAGUUUCUUUACAUUUCCAACAUUUAUUGUCGGGCAAGUGAUAGAUUUUUGCAAGCUUGACUGGGGUCAUGUACCACCUGUAUAUCAUUUUCAUAAUAUUCUCUCUUAAAGCAUUACAUGCCGUAAAUUUUAUACCUGUGGUCCACAACUGUUCCCAGUCAGCAAACAUAAUGUUAUGUCCAACGUCCUGUGCCCAUUUAAUCAUAGCAGAUUUAACCGUCUCGUCCUGAGUGUUCCAUUUUAACAGCAAGUUAUACAUUCUUGAAAGUAUCUUUGUUUUAGGAUCUAACAGUUCUGUUUCCAACUUUGAUUUUUCCACCUGGAAGCCAAUUUUUUUAUCUAAAUUAUAAGCCUCUCUUAUUUGAUAAUAAUGAAGCCAGUCUCGCACUUUAUCUUUUAGUUUCUCAAAACUCUGCAAUUUCAAUUUGUCUCCUUCUUGCUCCAAGAUUUCCCAAUAUUUCGGCCACUUGGCCUCCAUAUUGAGCUUUUUCAGGGCCUUUGCCUCCAUCGGUGACAACCACCUUGGGGUUUUGUUUUCAAGUAAGUCUUUAUAUCUUGUCCAGACAUUAAACAAUGCUUUUCUGACAAUAUGGUUUUUAAAUGCUUUAUGUGCUUUAACCUUGUCGUACCAUAAGUAUGCAUGCCACCCAAAAACAUUAUUGAAACCUUCUAGAUCCAAAAUGUCUGUGUUCUCAAGAAGCAGCCAAUCUUUCAACCAGCAGAAUGCUGCUGAUUCAUAAUAAAGUUUAAAGUCUGGCAGGGCAAAUCCCCUCGUUCCUUUGCAUCAGUUAAUAUUUUAAGUUUUAUUCUGGGCUUCUUGCCCUGCCAGACAAAUCUAGAAAUAUCUCUCUGCCACCUCUUGAAACAAUCCAUUUUGUCCAGAAUUUGUAGUGAUUGAAACAAAAACAGCAUUCUUGGCAAUACAUUCAUCUUUAUAGCAGCAAUUCGACCCAACAAGGAAAGCUUCAAAUUUGACCAUAUUUCUAAAUCCUUUUUCACUUCCGACCAACAUUUUUCAUAAUUGUCUUUAAAUAAGUUCCCAUUUUUAGCUGUCAUAUUAAUCCCCAAGUAUUUCACCUUCUUAACCACUGUUAAACCUGUCUCAGUCUGAAACCUCUCUUUCUCAAUCGGUGUUAAGUUCUUCUCAAGGACUUUAGUUUUUAACUUGUUCAACUUAAAUCCUGCCACAUAACCAAAUUCUUGGAUCAGUUCUAAUACUCUUUUAGUACUAGAUUCUGGCUCCUGUAAAGUCAGUACUAAAUCAUCUGCAAAAGCUUUCAAUUUGUAUUGUUUAGCUCCGACCUUUAUACCCUUGAUCAGAUGGUCCCUUCUAAUCAUAUUUAACAAGACCUCCAGGACCGAAAUAAAAAGCAAUGGGGAAAUUGGGCAGCCUUGUCGUGUCCCUUUCUCUAUCUUGAAUUCCUCUGUCACCACAUUGUUAACUAUUAGUUUAGCCUUUUGUUCUGAAUAAAUUGCACUUAUACCAUUUUCAAACCCUUGACCGACCCCCAUCCCCUGAAGAUUUUUCUUCAUAAAGCUCCAAGAAAUAUUAUCAAAGGCUUUCUCGGCAUCUACAAAAAUUAAAACUGCUUUGGUGUUAAUGUCCACUUGCAACUUUUCCAAAAUGUUAAUUAUAUUCCUCGUGUUAUCAGACAAAUGUCUGCCUGGGAGAAAGCCAGCUUGGUCCUUGUGUAUCUCUUCCACUAAUACUUUUUUUAGCCUUUUGGCCAAAAUGUCAGCAAAUAUUUUGUAAUCCACAUUUAACAGGGAUAUGGGUCGGUAGUUCUUAAGUUGUGUCUUUUCAGACUCAGUUUUCGGUAUAAGUGUGAUAUAUGCUUCUUUCCACGACUCUGGUGCUUUUUUCCCCUCCAAAAUUUCAUUGCAAACCUCCUUUAGUGGUUGAAUUAUCCAAUCCUUCAAAGUUCUAUAGUAUUUUGAGGUUAAACCAUCCGGCCCUGGAGAUUUUCCCAGCUGCAUAUUCUGAAUGGCACCUUCUACCUCCUGUUCCGUAAUUUUAUAGUUCAGCAUUAUCUUAUUUUCUUGAGAGAUUUUUUGUAAUCCAUUUGUUUUCAAAAAUUGGUCUAUAUCAAACUCUUUCUGAGGCCCUUGUGUAUAUAACUGUUUAAAAUACCUCUGGAAACACAAGGCAGUUUCAGUCCCAUGAUGAGGCCUGAAUCCCAGCUUGUUCUCUUGGCAGAACUCUAUUAGCCUUUGCCCUGCUUCAUUUUGAACUCCAAGGCCAAACUUGCCAGUUGUUCCUUUUAUCUCUUGACUCCCUACUUUAGCAUUCCAAUCCCCUAUAAUGAGAAGAACAUCCUUCUUUGGUGUCAUUUCUAUAAGUUGUUGUAAGUCUUCAUAGAAUUGGUCAAUUUCAGUUUCUUCAGCACCAGUGGUUGGUGCAUAAACUUGGAUUACUGUGAUGUUAAAAGGUCUGCCUUGGAUUCGUAUUGAUAUCAUUCUAUCAUUUUUUGAGAUUGCAUCCCAGUACAGCUUUCGCCACUCUUUUGUUGACUAUGAGAGCCACUCCAUUUCUUUUACGGGAUUCUUGCCCACAGUUCUUGAGAGUCCUUUCGGCUUUGGCCCAGCCGCUUCAUCAGCUCUGAAUCUACUUGUACUUGUCCUCCGCUCUUCCUCAGUAGCAUGUUGGACGCCUUCCGACCUGAGGGGCUCAUCUUCCAGCGUCAUAACUUCUAUAUGCCUGUUGCCUUUGUCCAUUGAGUUUUCUUGGCAGGGAUACUGGAGUGGCUUGCCGGUUCCUGCUCCAAGUGGAUCACGUUUGGUCAAAACUCUCCACUAUGACCUGUCCAUCUUAGGUGGCCCUGCACGGCAUAGCUCAUAGCUUCUCUGAGUUAUUCAAGCCCCUUCGCCAUGGCAAGGCAGUGAUCCAUGAAGGGGACUUAUAAUUAUUACCUUACAUUUAAUAUACUUUCUAAUACUUUCUUACAACCUAGCACAGAGGGAAGAUGAGGGACUUUCCUGGAGGUUUUUAAGCAGAGGUUGGGUAGCCAUCUACCAUGGAUGCUUUAGCUGAGAUUCCUGCAUCAUGAGGCUUGGACUAGAUGACCCUUGGGCCCCUUCCAACUCGAUAAUUUGAUGAUUUGAUGAUUCAUUGACAUUUUUAUUAUAUUAAAACAGGCAUAGACAAACUCGGCCCUCCAGAUGUUUUGGGACUACAACUCCCAUCAUCCCUAGCUAACAGGACCAGUAGUCAAGGAUGAUGGGAAUUGUAGUCCCAAAACAUCUGGAGGGCCGAGUUUGCCUAUGCCUGUAUUAAAGCAUAUUGUUAUUAAAACUAAUAUAAUGUAAUAUAUAAAAAUAAUAUAUUGAGGUAAUAUUGUUAUAUAAAAAUAAUAAGAACAGCAUUUUUUUCUAUGACUUCUUAUUUUGUUAUAUACUUCCUUUCCUGCUGCAUAUCUAGGCCCUGAACCACACUUUAAAGUGCCAUGUCCAAGUGGGUUGUUUUAAUUCCUGCUCCUUUCCUCAGGAAAAGCUGCUCUUUACCGCUGAAUUGAAGAAAACAGCAAUCUGCAGAAAAACCCAAAUUGCUUUUUGUUCCGAUUGAACACGAAAGAAUGUGUUUUCCUGGGGAAAGUGGCAGGACAAACAAACGAAAAGCACUCAGACCUUGAGCUUGGAAGCACAGACCUGUGUCUAGAAAGGUCAGUGUGGGUGAGCCCUGAGUCAGACCACUGGCCAUCAGUACUGUCUACACUGACCGGCAGCCAUGGCCCUCCAGGUUUCUCCUGUCCACCUGGAGAUGCCACUGGGGACUGAACCUGGGACCUUCCUCUGGCAGGGCAGGGGCUCUCUCCACUGAGCGGCUGGCCUUCCCCUUCCUCACACGGCUGUCCUCUCCCUUCCCACUGCAGGGCGACAGCGGCGGGCCCCUCAUGUGCCGGGAGGAUCGCUCCGAGCGCUACUGGGUGGUGGGGAUCACCAGCUGGGGACUGGGCUGCGCCAGAGCCCAGAAGCCCGGCGUCUACACCUCCACGCAGCACUUCUUCGACUGGAUCCAGAGCUACACAAGGCCAAACUCACAACCGCCCCCGGCGCCGACCGAGGAGGAAGAGCAGGCGCCUGAAGAAACUGAGCCGCCUCCGUCACUCGAGCCAAAUCUGCACAUGUCUGAGUCGGACUGGUCAGAGAUAUUAGCCCCGCCGCAAACGGAAACAGCACCCGAACCAAAUCCUCAGCCGCCACCCCAGGAACCCAAACGACCGAGAUUGCUUCGGUUUCCACAGCUGCCGCCCGCAUCUGAAGCACCACCCCAAAGGGCAGAGCCUGUAACAGACACCACAACCACGACCAUGACCACCACUACCACCACUACCACCACUACCACCACCACUACCACCACUACCACCACCACUACCACCACGACACCCACCACUACCACCACUACCACCACCACGACACCCACCACUACCACAACACCCACCACUACUACCACAACACCCACAACUACUACCACAACACCCACAACUACUACCACAACACCCACAACUACUACCACAACACCCACAACUACUACCACAACACCCACAACAACGACCCCGUAUGAUUUCAGACCAUUUAUUCCAAAACGCAAAAAGAACAGAGAAAUGAUCACCAGCGUCAGCUACGGCGGCAGUUGGGGUAACUGGCCUGGCAAACGGGUGCCAUUGCAAGCCUGACGUCGGCGUUUGUGACGCAGCCCGUCCUUUUAUUAACUUUAUAAGCGUUCAGUUACGCAAGCAAAGUGUUCCACAAUGGAGCGUGUCGGUAUAUCCAAUGUGUUGAAAUCGUUGUGCUUAAAAAUAAAGACAUGCCACGCUU